AAGAAUACAAUAAUUCUGCUUGUGCACCACUUGAGCAACUUAAUUUAAAUAACACUGCACCAACUAAUAAUUUAACAUGGUUACAUCAUCAAAAUCAAGACUUAGCUUACAAUUAUAUAUCAAAAAGUCUUUCAAAUUAUCCAAGACCCUUACAUGAUAUUAAUCUAGCAUUAAUUUAUAAUUCAGAGUAUGUAACAACUCAUAACUUGAUUAACUCAAAUUUUUUAAAUUCAAAUAUAACUUAUAAUAUUACACUAUCAAACGAAAGUGCAAAUAGAUCUCAAGUACCAGCAUUAUUUUAUGAACAUGGAUCUGCAACAUUCAGAAACUUGAAUAUGCCAGAACCACAUAGAAGUUUGUCACAAGUAACUACAAUGUCAAUAGAUGAUAUAUCAGACUCACAUUCUUUAAUGAGUUAUGAUUUAAUAAAUAAUAAUCAAGAUCAAGAAUCUUUUAUAACUCAACAAAAUUUCUCAACUUAUUGUGAUAUGCCAAAUACACUAUUUCAAUAUACUUUAUCCUUACCAGCAACUUAUCAUGAUAUGCCAAAUGCAACAUCUCAAUAUACUUCAUUCUCACCAGCAACUUCUCAUAAUAUUUCUGCUUGGAAUUCUAAUAACAAUCCACAAAAGUAUUAUAAACAACAUAGAGAAAAAACUUCAAGCAAAGAUACACAGUCUCAACAUACUUUAUACUUACUGGAAAAGUCUUAUAAUACAACUGCUAAUACUGAUUCACAAGAAUUAAACUUUUCAGAUGAAGAAUUAUUAAUCAAUUGGUUGUGUACAUGA